CGGAAAUAGUAAAGUCCUAUCCUGUUUUCUGUGGCUGUGCAAAUACCUUGUCAAAAAGCCAUGGUGACUGCUGAUGAAAUUGCUCAAUUGUGUUAUGAGCGUUUCAACGAUCUACCGCGGAGAGGAAAGCCCGAACCGGGAAGAGAAUGGACCUCGCUCGCCGCUGUGGUGAAAAUCAGCCGAUGUGCAAAAUCGGAUAGAGUUGAAAAAGAAGUUGUUUCCCUUGGAACUGGGACAAAGUGUAUUGGACAGACUGCCAUGAGUCCCAAAGGUGAUGUGCUCAAUGACAGCCAUGCAGAAGUCAUUGCCAGAAGAGGUUGUCUCAGGUAUCUAACCCAGGAGUUGCAAAGAGCUGUGAGUGGAAGGGGAAGCUCUGUGUUUUGUCAGACAUUGCAUCAAGGGAAAUGGAGACUUCACCCAGGAAUUUCUUUCCUCUUCUUUUCCAGUCAUACGCCAUGUGGUGAUGCCUCUAUCAUCCCUACGAAUGGAAGGCAGCACCGAGCUUGCACAUCUGACACAACUAUGAAGAAUGAUCCGCAGACAGUAGGAGGAGGCCUGAAAAGAAAAGGGGAACAUAUUCCACGGCAAAACUCCAAGCGGUCCUUUCUAGAGGAAAGUGACCCUGAAGAGACAAAACAGGAGGAUAUUCAAGAAUCAAAGCUGCUUUCUUCCUUGUCUUCAUCCUCAUCUACAAGUGAUGAUGAGCCUUUACAGAGCACAUCUGCCAAAACAGAACUUGGUAGUAUCUCACAUGCUUCAACUUCAGAACAGCUGAUUAUGAAAACCAGUGCUCAUUCAACUGUUCGCCCUAUGAUCUUCGCCCUGUUGAAGUCAGAGGUUUAUGAUGUUCACAGAACAGGAGCCAAGUCUGUACUAGGUGGCCUUGCUGACCCUCUUCAACCAGGCAUCAGAUACCAUAACACAGGAUUACUGCGGGUUAAGCCUGGUCGAGGAGUGUCAACCCUGUCUCUUUCAUGCAGUGAUAAGCUAGCUCGCUGGGGAGUACUCGGCUUCCAGGGUGCACUUCUUUUCCAUUACUUGGAGGAAGCACUCUACUUUAGCACUGUAGUGGUAGGAAAAUGCCCCUUUAGCCACGAGGUCAUGCAAAGAGCUUUGAUCACAAGAUGCUCCCAUAUAUCAGAUCUCCCUGCUGGUUUCUCACUGUCUCAACCAGUUUUUCUCCAGUCAAAUUUGGAGUUUCCCUUCAGCCGUCCCCAGACCGAGCUCCGACACAAGGCUGGACAAGGAUGCAUCACACCCUGUGGGGCAGCUGUCAGUUGGUGUAAAGUGCCUGUGCAGCCACUUGAUGUCACUGUUAACGGCUUCAAACAAGGAGUUGUCAAGAAGGCACUGGGUACAGCUAAAGCUAGGUCUGCCCUGUGUAAACUUGAACUUUUCCAUUCAUUCCUGUCGCUGGUGAGGUCCACUGACGCUUCGGCACUUCCUGACUCUCUCAGGAGAACAGAUCUACACACUUACUUGGACUACAAGGAGGCAUCUGACACCUACCAACAAGCUUGGCAACUACUUCGCAAGCAGGCUUUCCCUAUUUGGCCACGCAGUAACAGAGACCUCCUGCUCUUCAAAUGAAACCCAAAAUAAUUCCAUUAAUGUUUUUGGGGAAACAAACUUAUCUUAGAUUUGAGUUUGGGAUUGUGUUCAUUUUCCCCUCUGAACAAUGUUUAUUUUCCUUGCUAAUAUCAUAUACACAGCUGGAUCCACUGGAGUGUCAUAAAAAAGUCAUUACCCUACUACAGUAAUCCUCGUUUAUCGCGGAUAAUUGGUUCCAAAAACCACCCGCGAUAAGUGAAAUCCGCAAAGUAUGGUCACCAACAAGAAGUACUGGUCAGGCUAACGAGUUAGC